CAACAUGACUCGGAAAAUAUCAAUGUGUCGCUUCUGUCACUUCAAAGUUCGCUUUGCAUUUUCUCAUUGUUUGAGUCUUACAUUAUCCUUUAAAAGCUAAAUUAAACAAUAAAAACAAGUGUUGGUCUGAUGAGAGUGAUACAACUCUCAAAAUGACUUUAACCAAAAUGGAAGUGGACCCUGUAAAGGGCGAAGGUUUUAGACCUUACUACAUCACCAAAAUCGAAGAAUUACAGCUGAUAGUUGCCGAAAAAUCUCAGAAUUUGCGACGUUUGCAAGCCCAGCGUAAUGAACUCAAUGCUAAAGUACGUAUGCUUCGUGAAGAACUGCAAUUACUUCAGGAACAAGGUUCGUAUGUCGGUGAAGUGGUCAAGCCCAUGGACAAAAAGAAAGUACUCGUAAAGGUACACCCUGAAGGAAAAUUCGUCGUUGAUUUAGACAAGAAUGUUGACAUCAACGAUGUCACCGCAAACUGCCGUGUGGCUCUUCGCAACGAAAGCUACACACUUCAUAAGAUACUUCCCAAUAAGGUAGAUCCUUUAGUCUCUCUUAUGAUGGUCGAAAAAGUGCCCGAUUCUACGUACGAAAUGGUAGGUGGGUUGGACAAACAAAUCAAAGAGAUCAAGGAAGUAAUUGAACUUCCCGUUAAGCAUCCUGAACUGUUUGAUGCUUUGGGUAUAGCCCAGCCUAAAGGCGUACUGCUGUAUGGUCCACCUGGUACUGGUAAAACUUUACUGGCUCGUGCUGUGGCUCAUCACACUGAGUGCACCUUUAUUCGAGUCUCUGGUUCCGAGUUGGUGCAAAAGUUCAUUGGAGAAGGUAGUAGAAUGGUGCGAGAACUGUUCGUUAUGGCCCGAGAGCAUGCUCCCUCUAUAAUUUUCAUGGACGAAAUAGACUCGAUUGGAUCAUCCCGUAUUGAAUCUGGCAGUGGAGGAGAUUCUGAGGUACAAAGAACAAUGUUGGAGUUGCUUAACCAACUUGAUGGAUUUGAAGCAACAAAGAAUAUUAAAGUGAUUAUGGCUACAAACAGAAUUGACAUCCUUGAUCCUGCGUUACUCCGCCCUGGUCGUAUAGACAGGAAGAUUGAGUUCCCCCCACCGAAUGAAGAAGCUCGUUUGGAUAUUUUGAAGAUCCAUUCAAGGAAGAUGAAUUUGACGCGAGGUAUCAACUUGCGUAAGAUAGCCGAGCUGAUGCCGGGUGCUUCUGGUGCGGAGGUUAAAGGUGUGUGCACAGAAGCAGGCAUGUACGCUCUCCGUGAGCGCAGAGUGCAUGUCACCCAGGAAGACUUUGAAAUGGCUGUAGCUAAAGUGAUGCAGAAAGAUUCUGAGAAGAAUAUGUCCAUUAAGAAACUAUGGAAGUAAUACUUUUUUACUACUUA